AUGGGAAGAGCAUCGGUCGGUUCAUAUGUAUUAUUAUUAUGUUUGUUUAUCACUGAUACAGUGUUAUCUAUCAAGCCAAGAAACAUUCUCAUUCUAUUGGCGGACGAUGGCGGCUUCGAACUGGGGGCUUACACCAACAAGAUAUGUCAGACGCCAAACAUCGAUGCCCUGGCGCGUCGUGGCCUCUUGUUCAACAACGCGUUCACAUCCGUGAGCAGUUGCUCCCCCAGUCGCGCCGCGCUUCUUACGGGAACACCCAGCCACCAAAAUGGCAUGUACGGGUUACACCACGGAGUGCACCAUUUCAAUUCCUUCAGCAACAUCUCCAGUAUCCCGAAUAUUCUGAGACAACAUGGCGUCUACACAGGUAUAAUCGGCAAGAAGCACGUAGGCCCGGGGGAGGCGUACCGCUUCGACUACGAGCAGACGGAGGAGAACAACCACAUCAACCAGGUGGGCAGGAACAUCACGCACAUGAAGCUGCUGGCCAGGCAGUUCCUCGCCAACGCGAACCAACAGAACAAGCCGUUCUUCUUGUACGUGGGCUUCCACGACCCGCACCGCUGCGGGCAUUCGCAGCCCCAGUACGGAGCCUUCUGCGAGCGUUUCGGCUCCGGCGAGAUCGGCUUCGGGACCAUCCCGGACUGGACGCCCUGGUACUACCAGUGGGACGAGGUGCAGCUGCCCUACCACGUGCAGGACACCGAGGCAGCACGUAGAGACAUAGCAGCCCAGUAUACAACGAUGUCCCGACUCGAUCAAGGGGUGGGGCUGAUGCUCAAGGAGCUAGAGGCGGCGGGCCACAAGGAGGACACGCUGGUGGUCUACUCUUCGGACAACGGGAUCCCGUUCCCGUCGGGGCGGACCAAUUUGUACGAUCCCGGGCUGCGCGAGCCACUGAUAGUGGUCUCCCCCGAGGAGGGCGCGCGGCGGAACGAGGUGUCCGGCGCACUGGUCAGCCUGCUCGACGUGGCGCCCACGAUCCUCGACUGGUUUGGCGUCACCGUCAGGGCGGACGAGGGGAUGAGCAACGAGGUGUCGAGCGACCGCCCCAGAAGCCUGCUGCCCAUCUUGGUUAAGGAACCGGCACCGUCGGAGAAUGAUGCUGUGUUCGCGUCUCAGACGCACCACGAAGUCACCAUGUACUACCCGAUGCGCGCGAUCCGCACGCGCCGCUACAAGCUCAUUCACAACGUCAACUUCCAGAUGCCAUUCCCCAUUGACCAGGACCUAUACGUAUCGCCCACCUUCCAGGAUAUCCUGAACCGGACUCGCGGGCGGCAGCCGCUGCCGUGGUACAAGACGCUGCAGCAGUACUACCGCCGGCCCCAGUGGGAGCUCUACGACCUGCGCAAAGACCCCGCCGAGCUUCGCAACCUGCACGGCAAGCCGGCCCUGGCCCAGCUGGAGGCCACUUUGGCGUCGAGGCUCCGGCUCUGGCAGAGCGACACGCGCGACCCCUGGCUCUGCGCGCCGCAAGGGGUGCUCAUCGACGCGGACUCGCUAACCUGCGCCCCUCUGGACAACGGCCUCGAGCGCGGCUAC